CUUUGCAGCAAGUGCUCACUCGGCAGCUUCCAGUCAGCACCUUAAGUUGAUACUUGUGCACGGCCAGGCAGGCUCGUACAUAAGUCAGGCUGGACGCCUCUUCCUCUGGCAGGUGAAACUGGCCGAAUACUCUGUCGAUCCGCUGGUUUGCAGCCUCGUGACAACCCAGCAACAUGUGAGCUGUCCCGCUUGACAUCGGAACUUCAAUGUCAACUCAGAUCGUGGCUUCGGGCGCUUCCGUGGUCAUGGCCAGAGCCUCCCUCACCCCAGCCGAUAAGGCUGUGUUGGCGAUGACCAGCAUCGAGUAUCUUGCGUUGGCGAACCCCGACGAUGCAGAUGGUGCGCUCUCGGCCAUUUGCUCACCCGUCUCAACCACAUCCACCUUCUCCUCAAUCUGGUCCUCGCACUCCAGGAGGCCGUCAUCCUCAUCCGAUACGUCACAGGACACGCACAAUGACGCCAGCAGCGACGAGGCCAGCGCCGGGGAGGCUGCCGUGAAGCAUGUUCUCGAGGCAGACCAGGCCGCUCAGCCAGCUGCAUACGACUACGUGCCGGUAGUGCCCGAGGCCCUCGCUGUAGGGGCAUGCAUUGUACGCUGCGACCCGGACACGUCGAGGCCGGCUGUCCUCUUGGUCAGGCCAAAGGAAACCGGGACAUGGACAAGUAGCGUUGCUGGUGGCAAGGCCACCUCAUACCAUCAACAUUCCACCCCAGGGCUUUGGCUCCUGCCACAAAGCACCACGUCGACAGAAGACUUUUCCAUCUCGGCAGCUCUCGAGCGCACAGUCCGACAACAGACGGGAUUGGCCGUGACCAGAGUCGUUGCCACCCUGCAUGACACGCGACAUCAUCUCCAUCGCCUGCAGGAUAUCCAGGCGCUUUCUCUACAGACCCAUGACCACAAGACCCAGCCCGACAGCCACGAAGAAUCGAGGGAUGGUGAUGUUGUUGGUGAUGAUGAGCAGGCCGGCGGCACCAGCGGCCUCGGUAUCAGCACGCUCGAUGAGUUGGUGCGCAUGAUCGACCUCAGCUGUGCUGGCGCAGCCGCCUCCUUGGCUGCAGCGGACGCUGCGCGGAGGAUCCGCAACGUUUCGCCGUCAACCAUUGCUGACAGCUGCCCCGUCUGCGACCUCAUGCCGCCGGGGCCGGUGACUUCAUCCUCGUCAAGGAGACAGGUUAGACGAGUCCGCGUACCCCAGAGGCAGAAGAGCCACUUCGGUCCCACCGACAAUGACAUGUCCGACGCCUGCUCAACAACCAGUGUUGGUGAGGGUGGUGAGAGUAGUGGUGGUGGUGGUGGCUACUCGUCCAACUCGGACGAGUCCACAUGCCGCCUUCUCCACAACGAAGUACACCCAGAAACCAAGAGGCGGUUCAUCAGACAGCGUGACGAUGCAGGAAGCAACACAGAUGACCACGGGACAAAAGAACUGGGACCACUGAGGAAUGCCAGAGCGGUCGCAAGACCCGCCAGCGGCAACUACAUGGCCCUUCCGCAGGAGGACGCCUCCAACGGACUCGACGUCGACGAUGAUGACGGUAGUAGUGGCGCCGGUAGCGGCAGUGGCAGCGGCAGCAGGAACUCAGCCACACGGCUCGACAGCGACAGCGACAGCGCCAGCGACGACGUCAAGGACAUCUCUGUCGAGCACGCCAGGACAUUCCGCGAGUGCCUGCAGCUCAACUACAUUGUCCUCGUCGCGGAUAAUGCCGACAACGCAGCUACCGCUGCCGCGGCGGCGGCAGUGGAGGACACCAAUAAGAAUCAUGAUGAUGUGGCCGAGGUGGCCCUUGUGACGGAGCGGGACCUCGACGAGCGCCGCAUGUCCCCCCAGACCCGGGACCUGGUGAGGCAAGGGCUCAUAUGGGCAAGAGAGCACUUUGCCCACCCGGCGCCUGGCAAGCCCAGUCGUCAACUGAUGCAGUCAAAGCGCGAUGAGGACGCGAAGGACAGCAGGGAUGGACGUGAAGGUUCGGCCAUGCCAGCCCCUUUGCGCGCUUUGAGAAAGCAUUCAAUAACGAAGCGCAUUGCCAAGUCCUGAGAAGAGGGCUUCUGGGGUGCAGAGAAGCGCUGACAAAUGCUUUCGGUUGCGUUUCGCAGCCAUCAAAAAUUUCUGGUCAUGAUAUUAUGUCAAAUAGUAGUACCCGGCAACAAAUGUGUGUGACAAGUCGAAGUAGCCACAGACACCGCUCGUUUGAGUAGCAAAGUUCCAAGCUCGUGAAGAUAUCAACCCACAACACCUUCCCUCCUGAAUAAAUG